AUGACCUCGUUCUGCGACGACGAGAUAACAAACCGCCUUGAUUCAGUUCUAACUUGUAUGAACAGGAGGCAGAAACUGUCCCAUGAUCCCCGGAACCUAGCAUGGUCGUCCCAGUCCUCUGAGACCUCCUAUGGCCACCGCCUUAUGACCCAGCAAGGGUGGUCGCAAGGGCAGGCACUCGGCAAACGCACCACCACCUCCCGAUUUGGUGUUCCUAGCGACGCAGAACGCCUCGCCUCCGCACAUGUGGGAGUUCUCUUUAAAGAUGACAAUCUAGGUCUGGGUGCAAGGAGGAAAGGCGGGAAGGAAGCCGUUGAGAACCAGAAGGUUGGGCUGGAUGCAUUCCAGGGCCUCUUAGGUCGAUUGAAUGGCAAGAGUGAGGAGGUGCUGAAACAAGAGGAGAAGAAGGUGGAAGACAGGAAGUUAGCAAUGUAUGCCCGAGGGAGAUGGGGUGGCAUGAUCUUUGUCAAGGGUGGAGUUUUGGUCGGAACUCUUGACAAGAAGGAGCAAUUGGAAAACACAGAGUCUGCCACUUUGGUCGAGAACGAUCAACCCCCGCCUGAAUUAUCACCGCAAGACCAAGAAGAAGCUAAAAGAAAAGAGCGUGAAGAGCGACGGAAACUAAAGGAAGAAAAAAGACAGCGGAAGGAGGCGAGGCGGUUACGGCGAGAAGAGAAGGCUCGGAGAAGAGCUGCAAAGAAAGCCGGGGACGAUGCUCCAGGGCUCACAGUCCAUAAGUCUCCUUUGACUCAGCCCCCAGAUGAACCUGUGUCCUCUGCCGUAUCAGAUAACGAAUCCGAGGCAGGCCAAAGGUCAGGCAAGCGCGAUGAGCGACGAAAGCACAAAUCUUCAAGGGAUGUUGCGGACGCCCCAGAGAAGAAGUCGCCCGUGUCGACUUUGAAGGUGGUAUCCAACAAACCGAGCAUCACUGUCAUGCGAACUGGCCGACAUCUGCUUAGAGGGCGGAACAUCCAGGCCAAGAAGAUGACAAUAUCGACCGAGAUGGCGUGUGACUUUGACAACCACGUCCAGGAGAGAAUCAUCCUGCAAUUCACCCAACCAACACGAUCUGCUGAGACCACGACCAACCAGACCAAACCUGAACGACAUGUGCCUACGUCUUCGACUUUCCUCAAGGCCAAUCUCAACCUCUUCCCUGCGGCAUCUCCUGGUGGUGGCGGUGACGAGUAUGUCCGCUACCCUGGAUCAGGAGCAUCCAAUUACCCGAAGCAGACGAUCGCAACGCAACUAAUAUCCAUAGACGAACAACCCGAGGAGAUAUGA